AUUUCAUUUUCCUGAGAAUCGUUAGGGACACCGUAGAAAAUGUGUUUCGCAAGGUAUUUGGAUAAGUUGUUUUUAAUAAAAUGGCUAAUAAUAUGCUGAAUUAUCGAUUUCUACAAGUAGUUCGCGUACCAUGUGUGCAUCGUAUGAUUAAGAGCUCAUCAUCUUUUCUUCCAGAAGUAUUAGGAAAUCAAACGGGAUGUUCCGUUGUCAGAUGCAUGCUUAUCAGACUGAAACAUGGAAGUGGCAGGGGAAGCAGGAGAGGACAGCUGAGCAAGAUAGGUAAACACCGUACCCCAGGACCAAGACCUUCAACCACAACAGAGAUAGUGACGGAUGAUGUUGCAGCAAGUGGUACUGAACGAGUCACUCAUGAGAUCGAUAAUCAGUACUUCGGUGGUAUCCUUGAUCGUCAUUUUUCAGAGGGUGACCUACAGAGGGUGCCAAGUGGUGAUUCUGUAUCUAAGAUGACACCUGCUGAGGACCUGAAUGAGUUUGACUCGCAAUAUUUUCAAGAACUUGGUAAGAAGGAUGUCAGUCACAAUGACAUUGGUCACAAGAGAAGUAGGAUACCAACUGCAGUUAGUAAGUCAAGGAAACCCACACCAGGAAGAACUAUAAGGGGACAUUUUAUGUUUAAUGAAAUUGACUUGAAAUAUUUUGAUGACAUAAGUUCUAGUUUUGUAUAUGAGAAUACAGAGAGGAAUUCAACAAGUGACCCAACUGAUUUUAAUGAAUUUGAUCAGCAGUAUUUUAGAAGAGAACAUGAACAUGAGAGUAAUCAAGCAACUAAGGCGUCAUCGGAAACCCCUAUGCCUGCAAAACGGUAUAUGGAUACUUCUCUUUCAGAAGAAGAAAUGUACAAACAACAUUUAUCAAGGCGCACACAAAUCAGGAAGGGAGAAGAAGAAGAGUUAGAAAAGUGGAAGAGUAAAUCAUUUAAAGUACAUGAUCGGCCAACGCAGUAUCAAGAUAUUUCAAAGGACGAGUUUGCGGACCAUAGAGAGGUACAUCUCAUCACCAAUUCAAGUAUAGAUGAAGUCCUUCUGGACAGCAUCCCUCCUGAUUUGAAAGGAAAGCUUCUUGCAAACAGGCAAUGGGAGGAGCAGAAGGAAGAGCUAAGGGUAUCCCACCAUAAUGUGGAGGAUCUGGAGGAGAGUGUUGUAUCCGCUCUUAAAGCUGUCAAGAAAAAACGUAACAAGAAACAGAAACCAAGAAGAUCUAGAGAUAUGAAAGUGUUCGGCAGCGAAGACAAGGGUAUUCCAGUAAGUGAGGUCCCCUGCUCUGGUUGCGGUGCUUUCUUGCAGUGUCAGGACAACAGCCGCCCAGGAUUUGUGCCUAGUGAAAAAUUCACAGAACUUGACCUUUCAAAACCAGUGAGUAACUCUGUCUGUCAGAGGUGUUGGUACAUCAUUCACCGUCACACAGCAUUGAAUGUGAGUGUUCCUCAGGACAGCUAUUCGGACAUCAUCAAGGCUGUUCGGAAGAACCGUAGUGCCCUUGUGAUCCUCAUGGUUGACCUGCUUGACUUCCCUUGCAGUAUCAUUAAGAACCUCAAAGACCUCAUUGGAUCCAGUCGGCCCAUUGUGAUUGUAGGGAACAAGCUCGAUGUCUUGCCUAAGGAUGAACCGAAGCAGGAAAGGAGGUUGAAAGACCACCUGAUGACUUCAUGUGUGGAGAUGGGAGUCUGUGAUGCAGACAGGGUGAAGCAUGUUGAACUCAUCAGUGCGAAGUCUGGAUAUGGUGUGGAAAAUCUCAUCACUAAAAUCCUGUCCUUGAAACCAAAGAAAGGAGAUGUGUAUCUUCUUGGCACAGCAAAUGUUGGCAAGUCUACCCUAUUCAACCGGUUUCUGGAGUCGGACCUCUGCAAAUCCAAGGCUUCUGCAUUGAUGGGUCGUGCUACCAUAUCCCAGUGGCCCGGUACCACCCUCAAUCUCCUGCGAUUCCCCCUCCUCAACCCAUCCAAGGAAAGAAUGGCCCAGAGGAUGAUCAGAUUGAAGAAGAACGCAAAGGAGGUGAAGAUAAAGAAGAAAGAAGAAGAGACUGACAGGCUGAGGAGUAAGCUCGAUGCUGAGGACCCUCAGCUCGUGUCAUAUGUGGAAGGUAAUGUUGGGCAGACAUUUAAGCCCAAAUCACAUGAUGAUGAGGAGAAUGAAGGAGAAGAAACCUUGCUCCCAGAGGAAAGGGACCCGUUUGGUAUGACCUUGGGUGUUCCACCUCCUGCAAGAGCUGUAUCCAAGAAACAGGAAGUCAAAGUGCCAUUCAGUCCCCUGGAGUUUGCAGAAAGCCAAUGGUUUUAUGAUACUCCUGGCGUACUCUAUCAAGAACAGGUUUUGACAAAGCUGAGCAGUGAGGAGUUGAAGUUGGUUGUCCCUAAGAAAUGUAUUCAACCUCGUUCUCUGGUUCUUAAACCUGGUCAGACAUUCUUCCUAGGGGGUCUAGGAAGGCUAGACUAUCUGCAGGGAAAAGAAUCAGCCUUUUUCACUGUCUUCUCGAGCCAGGCUCUUCCGAUUAAGGUCGUUGACACACAAGAUGCUGAUGCUGUAUAUGCAGAGAAAGCUGGUUUCAAAACAUUUGUGGUUCCUAUUGGAGGUCAUGAGCGCAUGGAGAAUUUCCCAUCAUUGGUUCCGACAGACUUCACACUCACCGGGAUUGGACGACACAUGAGUGUGGCUGACAUCCUAUUCUCUUCAGCAGGAUGGGCAGCAGUCACCUGUAAUCAAGGAAUGGCAGUUCAUCUUCGUGCCUUUACCCCUGGUGGCUUGGGGUGCAUCCUAAGGACACCUGCUCUCCUACCCUAUGGCUUCUCUUUGAAAGGGACGAGAAGAUCCAGGAAUUCUCCAUUCUAUAACGUCAACAAGCAGAAACUAUUAAUGUACAUGAGAUGAUAGAGCCGGAUUCCCUCUGCUAUGGCUUUUAAUUCGAGAUGUGCAAUGAUGUCAAUGGGUUCUGCUUCCUGGAAUGUCAUCAAGCAGGACUAUCAGUGGACAUAAGAUGUUGGCACCUUGUACCUAGGCUUCCUGAUCUGACUAGAAAUUGAUCCAGGAUAUCCGGAUGUCGAGGCCUACACUCUACUGACUGCAUUAUCACACCUCAAGUACAAGGAUGGCACAUCCUAGAUGGCAUUUCUUGAGGAAAUGCAAGACUGUCCAAGGCAGCCCCCCUUGUAAAAUGUAGAAGCUUUCAACAUGCAUGAUAAGGUGAAACCCACUCCCUCCUUUAUUGCUAAUUCUGUCUCCACUUCAUAUAUUAAUGAUCAAAAUCUCUUCAUGUACAUCAGAUGCUAAAGCCUGCUCUAACAUUUACAAUUUAUCCUUGAGAGAAAAUGACAAUUUAUUUUAUGAGCAUCUUUUUGCAAGUCCUGCAUAACAAUUCUCCUCCACUCUAAUGCCUUGGAAGAAGAUAAAGUGUGCCAUUAAACUAAAGUUCUUGUGAUGACUCAACUGGAAUUGAACCCAUGAUAUCCCUUUCAUGAGGCAGUCAUGCUACCAUGGAGCCAUCAUCACUGGUAAAAGAUUGUAUGAAGACAUGCUGUUCGUGGACAGUAGAUGAAGGAAAUCCCUCUUUUGGGAAGAAUGCAUUCAAACAACAUUGAUGAAAGAAUUGCAUGUAAGUCUAGCUUUAUUGGGUUUUUUUUUCACAGCUACAUGUUCAUAGUUGAUUAUUAAGGGCUUUUAACCUGUUGGAAAUUGGCUGAUUUUGUUAUAACAUGCAUUUUCCUUUAUAGACCUUUAGCCAUCGUACAUGAGGGUGCAGUUUCUACAGGACCCCUUGCUGGAUGCCAAUAGAUGACCACAAUGAUAAUGAUUUUAAUAGUCCAAGUAAUGAGGAACGUGAUGGUAAUAAUGAUGAUAAAUAUGCUAUAAAUUUGCUAUAAUAGAGUUUAAUGUAGUGAAUACUGGUGAUAUUAAUGUUUUAUGAAUAAUGAGAAGAUGAAAUUAUAUUGCACCAUUCAGAAAGUUUUAAUCAGUUCACUAUUAUUACCCCAGAUGUACAUGUAGCUGGAUCUUUCUUUGUUUCAUGUUAGUGAUUUGAAACAUCUUAGUUGUGAAUGGUUUUCAUGUAAAGGUAAUGAACAUUCUCAAUUUAAGGGUUCAAGAUAAAACAUAGGUCAUAAUGAGAAAAUGACAAUUGUUGUAAAAGAGACAAGAGUGGACCAGUAUUUCCUAACUGGUGGAGGGGGCACAAAAAUGCAAAAUUCAUUGUUCAACUUGUAGUGACAAGGAAAAUAACAUUCGCACUUUGAAAAGCACACAAUUGGGUUGGCUACCCACAAAUCUAACAAAAGACGUUUUAUGGGACAAUAUUGGGCGCAUCUCACAGAAAAGAAGUUACUUUUAAUGUUCUUUACAUAAUUAAAGAGGACGCAUUUGCCCGUGUCCUUCCCCCAUAUACUAUAGGUCCAUAAGUAAAGUUUGUUUAACAUGCAUAUAUACUGUAUGUAAAUUCCCAGUUGAAAUACAAGUGAUAGUAUAAAACUUCUAUUAAAACACAAUGAAGAUGAACAAAUAUUGGAGAAAUGAUGUGAUGCAAAGAACAAGAAAUUGAGCCUCUUGACGAGAGUAACUUUAAUAAAUAAAGUAUUGUUAAUUACAAUAACAAAUACAUAUGAUUGCUAAAAGGAUGAGUCUAUACUUGAAGGAAAUAUGAGGAUGAUUGAAUAACAUUGGUUUCUCAAUUCCCACCUGUGUACUAUUCUUGCUUUCAAAACAAUCUCUACAUUUAUAUAGUUAAUAUGUACAUGUAUGAUAAUCUUUGAAAGCAAGAAUAGUACACACCUGGAAAAUAUUUGUAAAAUUGCCUGGGAGAAAUAAACAUUAUUUCCAUCUGUCAUUAAACUAAUCAUCAGCCUAAAAUUCACUUUUGAUUAUUUGAUAGUUCUAAAUAAAUAAUUCUACAUUCAAUAACUUGUUUGAAAGAAAUGCUACCGGAUUUAUUUUGAUAUGGUGGGGGAAAAGUAAAGAAAACAAUCCUUGAUUUUUUUUAUAUGGAUUCAUUUUUUGUCAUCAUCAAGUCCAGAGAAUUUCCUGUUGAGACAUUCCAUUAAUUUGAUAUCUGUAACAACUAAAAAUGGAUGAGGUUUAUUUGUAUAGUAAAGAUCUCAAACACUAAACUAAAACUCUCUAUUCACCUGUUUGUGUGGUAGUGUAUAGGGGUUUUCCCAGUCUUUACAAUUGCAUUGGAAAAUUAUGUUACAUAACAAUGCCUUAUUAGUACAUGUCUCUACAUGUAAUUGAUCUGGCAGCAUCAUAUGGAAUGUAUACUUGUCAAACAAGCAGUGGUAAUGUGUGACUGUUAUCGAUGCUGAUGAUAUUCUAUUUGUUCUUUCUAUUGACAUAGAUCUUAACAGAGCUGAGGUAAAGCAAACAUGACAUACUUUCUUUCUCAUAUGUGCUCUCCUCCCCACCCCAUCUCUGUCUUUUUAUUUCUAAUUUUCAGUGACUCUCUCUCUCUAUCCCUCUCUUGUUGUCUUUGAAAUUGAUUAUUUUCUUAUCAGCUCCAUUACAAAUAUGGAUACAAUUUGUCAACACAAAAUUUAAAAGAGAUGCAGAGAGAGAGGGAGAGGGAGAGCAGGAGGGAGAAAGGGAUAGAUAUUGAAGGGAGAGAGAGAGAGAUAGAGAAGACAAAAACAACCAUUUCAUAUAAUUAUACAUUUUGGAUUAAACUAAUACUUGUCUCUUGCUUGUUUCUUCUCUUUUUUUUACUAAUAAGAGCUUACCAAUCAGAAUGAUAAUUGCUUCUUGUAGAUUGGCACAGAUUUCUAUGCACUUAACAAACACUUGAGAACUUAAGAAUGCACAAAGGUGAAAAGGAAUGCCUAAGUUUAUAAUAUUAAUAUAUUUAUAUUACCUAAAUUGAUGUAGAUGAUCCGAAAUGAGAAUUUAUGUUUGCAUAAUGCUUAUGAUAUGUACUUUGUUAUGCAGUCUAUUUUCCUAUUGCUAUAAAUGAAGAAUUUAAUAAGCAUUUCUUUGAUAAUUUCUGUGUUAAAAGUGGUAUUCAAUUGUUCAUUCCUCACACUAUACUUCAAGCAAAACGAUGAAGAUUUCUUAAAGAUGGAAUUCAGUAUUCUAUUUUAAUGAUGAAACUACAGCUUAGAAAUAUAACAUCUUGUUAGCAUCAUAAAAUACUCCCAGUUUCAGAUGA